CUACCAGCAUUGCUGAUUCCCAUAAAAAACACGCCAAGAACUCAUACAUAUGCCCCAACCCCAUUACCAUGGCAACCUUAGCAUCCAGAGAUGAAUCUGACAACGAUAGCAGCUCUUCCUCAGUAACCAUACCUGACUCUAGCAGGAGCUGGAUGAGCAACCUCAGCUUCGGCAGCCUACGGAGUUCCGUCUCCAUCACUUCUUUACCUGAAUCUACACUCUCCUCUACCUACAAGCCACACAAGGCCAACCAAGCUGCAUGGGAGACCAUCAAGAGGCUACAAAUCGCCAGUGGCCGAGUUGGGCUAGAUCAUUUUCUUCUCCUUCGCCGGCUUGGCAGUGGAGAUUUAGGAAAUGUCUAUCUUUGCCAGAUAAGAAACCCUGUGGUGGGUUUGCCUCAGUGCUUUUAUGCCAUGAAAGUGGUGGAUAAAGAGGCACUUGCGAUAAGGAACAAGUUGCAGAGAGCUCAAAUGGAGAAGGAGAUUCUGGGCUUACUUGAUCACCCUUUUUUGCCUACUCUGUAUGCAGAGUUCGAGGCUUCUCAUUACUCAUGCUUGGUCAUGGAGUACUGCCCCGGUGGAGAUUUGUAUGCUGCUAGGCAACGCCAGACUGGAAGGCGCUUUCCCAUUUCAUCUGCUAAGUUUUAUGCUGCUGAGACCCUCUUAGCCCUAGAGUAUCUCCACAUGAUGGGAAUUGUUUACAGAGACCUUAAGCCAGAAAAUGUGCUAGUAAGAGAAGAUGGUCACAUCAUGCUUUCAGAUUUCGAUCUUUCUCUCAAGUGCGAUGUCGUUCCAAAGCUUCUAAGACCUAACAAACCCAAGUUGGAAGCCAUUGAUCACGAGUACGAGGCUUGUUUUACACCAUCUUGUGCCACACCCAUACGGCCUGUGCUGUCUUGUUUCUCAGCUUCCAACAAGAAAAAGAAGAAAGCUUCUAGAGUCACAACAAUUACAGAAGGAGUAGAUGGUGGUGGCGGUCAUCGUCAAGAUCAAGAACUUGAUAACCCAGAAUUGGUGGCUGAACCCAUCAAUGCUCGAUCGAAGUCCUUUGUUGGGACCCACGAGUACUUAGCACCUGAGGUGAUCUCAGGGCAAGGCCAUGGGAGUGCAGUGGAUUGGUGGACACUAGGGGUGUUCUUGUACGAGAUGUUAUAUGGAAGAACACCUUUCAAAGGUGAAAACAACGAAAGGACCUUGAUUAACAUCCUUAAACAGCCCUUAACCUUUCCAAGAAUUGUGGUUAGUAGUAGCAAAGAAUUAGAAGAAAUGGUAAAAGUGCAAGAUCUUAUAGGCAAACUUCUAGUGAAGAAUCCCAAGAAAAGAAUCGGAAGCUUCAAGGGGUCUGUUGAAAUCAAGAGGCAUGAAUUUUUCAAAGGAGUAAAUUGGGCUUUGAUUAGGUCAGUUAUCCCUCCUGAAGUCCCAAGGGAAGCUUUCAAGAACACAAGUAGAGCUCACAUACCAAAAUUAAGCAAGAAAGAAAGAGAAGCGCCAUAUCAGAUCUCCCAUCAUCAACAUCAUCAGUUCGAUUGCUUCUAAUUGAACUGCAGAAAAUGUAAAUAAAAAAAAAAAAGAGAAAAAUAGGCAAAACAGGAAGAAAAAUAUCCAAAGCUAGAGUUAUUUUCCUCUGUUUUCUCUAGAAAUUUAUGUAAGAUCGAUCUUAAUUAAUUAAUUAACAGAGACUGCUUGAUUAAUUAAA